AUGUUGUCUCUGAAGAAAGUGUAUAGAGACGAGUUAUUGCAGCUUGCUCUCUUGUUGAGUAUUUUACGAGUUAACCACGAUUCUUUUUACGAGAACGAUUUAUACGAUAAUUUAGACUUUGACAAUGGUACUAGUUGGCGAAGUAUUACAUCAACAGUACUGAGAUCUCAUUAUGUUAACCCAAAAAGUUUGGACUCUGUUCUUCUCAAUUAUGAAAGAGAUUUGUUUGCGGACCUGAAUUCCUUAGGAAGAUUCAGUAGAGAUUUUCGGCAUCCUGAUGUUACUACUUACUUGCUCAACAUCGAAAGGACAGCAACAGCGGCAAACACAGAAGUUUUACCUGUUCCUGUUGCACAACAGAAUCAGACAGAUGAUCCCAUUGAUGGCAAUGCUGGGGCGGCUCUUCCUCUUGAUGUCGGUCUUAGUCUUACGCAAGAGGAUAUGGAUCUUAUAGAGGUUCUAUGGAAACAAGACGUGGAUCUUGGCUUUUCCGUGGAAAACGCUGUCCCCAAACCGGAUAAGGAUGAAAUCAAAAUCGAAGAAAAUGGCGUUACUGCGUCGCUGAAUGAGAAACAUGAUGACUUGGAAAAACUUAAAACCCUUCAAGCAAUCAACGAUGAUGGUGUUAAAGAAGAACCGGAUGAAAACGACGAUCCUUGGGCAGGACUGGACUAUACUAUAGAUACAGAAACAGGGGAGUAUGUAAUAAAAGGGGAGGCAAGCGUAGACCUUUCUUCUGGAGAGGACUGUGGCCCCUCGUGUGAUUUACCACUUGGGGACCUUUCCUUACCCCUACCAGAGUUUUUGUUGGAUGAAGCUUUGCAACUCGUUGAUUUGGAAGAUGAAGCGAUUCAGGAAAACUCCGCAGAUCUGAAAGACAUCCAAAACAUCUCUUUGGACGUUGACGGUACUGUACAACAGACGAACGCCGCCGUUGCAGCAAAAGCUGCUACCACAUCUGAUGAAAUCGUCUCUUCCUCCGAGGAAGUCCUCCCCAAAGACUCUGAAGACGACUUCGACUUCCUCACAGACAUGAUUCAGACACCUCAGUUCCACCAUCCUCACCAUAGGACCCACUUCCAGGGUCGUAUGCCUUUCGUUCGUGCUAUGAGCAUGGAACAAAGAUGGCAGGAUUUGGCUGGUCUACUUCCGAAUCUGCCUAGUCCGGAAACCGGCAAUAUUCAUCACCCUUUCGGCCAUCAUCAUCACCACCCCUUGCACAAUUACAGCCACCAUCCGCACAGCAUGGCAUAUAGUCCAGAAAGGGGAGUUCUCCUGCACAACGCCACUUUGCCUACGCCAAUGGGGGAUCUGAAUUCUACAGUGCCAUAUAGUAAUUUAGGUGGCAGCAACCUUGUCAAUGCCGUUGCCACAUCCAUGAACCUUACGAACACCAGCGAACCAAUGGGAGAAUCAUCGAAUGCGCCCCAUUACAAGCUGGAGCCUUCGCACGAUAUGGUCUAUUACCAGAACGGCUCGUCAGAAAUGAAUCAAACUGAUGGUUUCCUUUCUUCGAUCCUCAACGACGAAGAUCUUCAGUUAAUGGACAUGGCAAUGAAUGAAGGAAUGUAUACAAUGCGUAUGCUGGACGGCAACAAUGCGCUAAGUAAUUUGAGCACGAACGGAGGUGCAGCAGCCAUCGCAGCACCUGCUGGUGCCACCUCGAUGUCCAGAAAUGAUAUGGAACGCAUGGAUACCUCCAGUGACAGCGCUGUCAGUUCCAUGGGUUCCGAACGGGUACCCUCCUUGUCCGAUGGGGAAUGGGGAGACGGCGGGUCAGAUUCUGGACAUACUUCGGCGGAACAUUACGUCACCGAUUAUCCCAACAAAAUGCGGCCAUAUGACUACAGCUAUUCCAGUCGGCAUCUGAACAACGGCUUAGGUGCUUCAGACAAUGCGCGCAUUCCACCUGUCGCUCAGAAAAAACACCAAAUGUAUGGCAAGCGAUAUUUCCAAGACCACAGCACCACCAAUGCUACCCAGCCCCCGCCCACACCUCUCAAGUACGAGUACCGAGAACCGAGUGCCCCUUCCUAUAUUCCCAACCCGCCUGAGGGGGCUGUGGGUCCCAAAAUUCCCGAAAUGAAGUACUCAUGCUCUAUGGAGUUCGGCCUUCAGAAUCACCUGACAAGAAACCCUGUCGACCAUAUUCAGCACAACCAUACCUAUCACCUCCCAGCAGAGAAUUCGGGCGUUAUGCAAAGGCCGAUUUCCAGGGAUAAGGCGAAGGCAGCUCGCAAAUCUGAAGAUGAACACUUAACCAGAGACGAGAAAAGGGCCAGAGCCCUGAACGUUCCUAUAUCUGUUGAUGACAUUAUCAACUUGCCCAUGGAUGAAUUCAAUGAACGUCUUUCCAAGUAUGAUCUCAGUGAGAGUCAGUUGAGCCUGAUCAGGGAUAUUAGAAGGCGAGGAAAAAACAAGGUAGCCGCUCAGAAUUGCCGAAAACGCAAGCUGGAUCAAAUCCUGAGUUUGGCCGAUGAAGUGAAGGAAAUGAAGGAUAGGAAGAUGAGGCUGAUCAAUGAUCAUGAGUAUUCCACAAAUGAAUGCAAACGUAUGAGGGAUAAGUACCAGCAACUUUAUCGGCAUGUUUUCCAG